GUCACAUGUUUCCUUUGUUGUGAGCUGCUGCAAAAACUGGUGGCUGGAGGAGAGGCCGGCGCAGGAGAGUGCGCUGCGCCGCCGGCCGCUGAGUGACCGCGGGGCCCGCCGCUACUGGCCGCUUCCAGCCUUUGCUGAGAGGUGUGGAAAUUAAAGCAACACAAAUUUUGACUGGGGCUUUGGUCAACAAAUGCUAAAAAGCCACAUAAAGAAGAUCCCCAACAGUCAUUUCUCAACAAUUAUAUAGUCAACUGAUGUAACAAUGGUACUAAUAUUGGGACGCAGACUAAACAGAGAGGAUCUUGGGGUGCGUGAUUCCCCAGCCACUAAGCGUAAAGUUUUUGAAAUGGACCCUAAAUCUCUGACAGGUCAUGAGUUUUUUGACUUCUCUUCAGGAUCAUCCCAUGCUGAAAACAUACUCCAGAUAUUUAAUGAAUUCCGAGAUAGCCGCUUGUUCACAGAUGUUAUCAUUUGUGUGGAAGGAAAAGAAUUUCCUUGCCACCGAGCUGUUCUCUCAGCCUGUAGUAGCUACUUCAGAGCUAUGUUUUGUAAUGAUCACAGGGAAAGCCGAGAAAUGUUGGUUGAGAUCAAUGGUAUUUUAGCUGAAGCUAUGGAAUGUUUUUUGCAGUAUGUUUAUACUGGAAAGGUGAAGAUCACUACAGAGAAUGUACAAUAUCUCUUUGAAACAUCAAGCCUCUUUCAGAUUAGUGUUCUCCGUGAUGCAUGUGCCAAGUUCUUGGAGGAGCAACUUGAUCCUUGUAAUUGCUUAGGAAUCCAGCGCUUUGCUGAUACUCAUUCACUCAAAACACUCUUCACAAAAUGCAAAACUUUUGCAUUACAGACUUUUGAGGAUGUGUCCCAGCAUGAAGAAUUUCUUGAGCUUGACAAAGAUGAACUUAUUGAUUAUAUUUGUAGUGAUGAACUUGUAAUUGGUAAAGAGGAGAUGGUUUUUGAAGCCGUCAUGCGUUGGGUCUAUCGUGCUGUCGAUCUAAGAAGACCACUGUUACAUGAGCUCCUGACACAUGUGAGACUUCCUCUGUUGCAUCCCAACUACUUUGUUCAAACAGUUGAGGUGGACCAAUUGAUCCAGAAUUCUCCUGAGUGUUAUCAGUUAUUGCAUGAAGCAAGACGGUACCAUAUACUUGGGAAUGAAAUGAUGUCCCCAAGGACUAGGCCACGCAGGUCCACUGGCUAUUCUGAGGUGAUAGUUGUCGUUGGAGGAUGUGAACGAGUUGGAGGCUUUAAUCUUCCGUACACUGAAUGCUAUGAUCCUGUAACAGGAGAAUGGAAAUCUUUGGCUAAGCUUCCAGAAUUUACAAAAUCAGAGUAUGCAGUAUGUGCUCUAAGGAAUGACAUUCUUGUUUCAGGUGGAAGAAUCAAUAGCCGUGAUGUCUGGAUUUAUAACUCACAGUUAAAUAUUUGGAUCAGAGUUGCCUCUCUAAACAAAGGCAGAUGGCGUCACAAAAUGGCUGUCCUCCUUGGUAAAGUAUAUGUUGUUGGAGGCUAUGAUGGGCAAAACAGACUUAGCAGCGUAGAAUGUUACGAUUCCUUUUCAAAUCGAUGGACUGAAGUUGCUCCCCUUAAAGAAGCAGUGAGUUCUCCUGCAGUGACUAGCUGCGUAGGCAAAUUGUUUGUGAUUGGUGGAGGACCUGAUGAUAAUACUUGUUCUGAUAAGGUUCAAUCUUAUGAUCCAGAAACCAAUUCUUGGCUACUUCGUGCAGCUAUUCCAAUUGCCAAGAGGUGUAUAACAGCCGUAUCCCUAAACAACCUGAUAUAUGUUGCUGGCGGACUGACGAAGGCAAUAUACUGUUACGAUCCAGUUGAAGAUUACUGGAUGCAUGUACAGAAUACAUUCAGCCGACAGGAAAACUGUGGUAUGUCUGUGUGUAAUGGUAAAAUAUAUAUCCUGGGUGGAAGACGGGAAAAUGGAGAAGCCACAGACACUAUUCUCUGUUAUGAUCCUGCAACAAGUAUCAUCACAGGGGUAGCUGCAAUGCCCAGGCCAGUGUCCUAUCAUGGUUGUGUGACUAUUCAUAGAUACAAUGAGAAAUGCUUUAAGCUCUGAAGCUGGAUACCUCACCCAAGAAGCCACACCGAUCCAAGAUGAGAUGUUUUUAAAACUCCAGAGUGCGAACUUAUCUCCUUUGUACCAUAUGCAAAAAAUAGUAAAAAUAACAAUUUGGUGCCUUUCUCCCCCAAAUAUCAGUCUUUCAAACUGUAAUAAAGCCUUUCCUAUAAUCAAAAAAAAAAAUUCUUUUUGUUAAGGGUAAUGGUGGUUGUUGCUUGGCCUUUGAGAUGUACCUUUUUAAGUGUUUGUAAGAAGCCUAUGUGGAGUAGAAAAUAAUGUCUGUCUACGUAUCUUUUAGGAACUUAUGAGUAGUCUCUUCUUUAAUGUAUGUUUAUCUGCAAGACUGUAUAUUCCUUAUUUUGUCCUAUAUGUAGAAAAUUGCAUGACUUGAGGCUUCAUUUAGGUUGAAUCAAUGUUCAGAAUGCAUUCUAAGGGGAAAAAAAUCAGUUUUAAAAAAUUUUGUCACUCACGAAGUAUAUCUAAACUGAUUAAUUCUAUGAAGGUUUUUCCUCUGUAAUUGAUAAAAAUAUAAUGACAAUGCACAUAUCAUAAAAUACUAAUUGUGACUUCAUUCUUAGAAUUGCUGUCUGUUAAACAUGUUUUGCAUGAGGGAGGGGGGUAGGUACAAGAUACAAAAAAAUAAGUUCUCCUAAAAGGGGGAUUUAAAUUAAAGGUUAAUUCCUCAGAAAAAAUUAAAUAACCAUUGAAGGAAAAAUGACCCACUGUGGCUCUCAAAGUAUUUAUGCAUCAUCUCUAAAUCCCCUAAGGAAGCUCCUUUUCUUGAAUCUGACAAAUGAGUUGAAAUCCAUUUUGCAAUAUUGUGAAAAACAAGGACAGGUUUUCUCCCUAGCCCAGUAGGGUUUGGUCUCAUUAGUAUGGCACUUGGGUGAGGACCUUUUCUUUGGGUUAUCCUAUUUUCUUGUGAAGAGCUGAAGAUCCUGAGAGUCUCUACUGUUAAGGUACCUUUAAUAGGAUAAAGCAGGGACCAGCUAUCUCAGUGGGUCCAUUUUUCUUUUAAAGUUAGCUGUCUGAAAAAAACUUAGCAGUAGUUCCCAUCUUCUAAGAUAAGUCUUUCAUUUGGUACCCAUGGUGUAAAAUAGUGAUCAACAUUUUCAAGCUUCUAUACAACAAACUGCUUUCAUCUAGAUUUCUCAACUCCAGUUUAUAAAGCUUAUCAGUUUUCAGAGACAAAUGUAAAGUUUUUUUCUAAGGCAAAUAGAUAGAUAUGGCAGGAACUAUAGCAUAAGUGAUUAUCAUGAGUCUGGGUGGACACCUAAUAAUUUACAACAUUUUAGGGAUGUUCCAGGUAGCUUGCUCUAUUUUGACUUCCCAGUCACUAUUGUCUCUCACAUUAUAAUUGUAUAUUCCUUGUCAUAGGAGAGAUGAUGCAAAUAUGUGAUUAUAGUGUCUCCAGAUUUCUGUUAAAACCAAGGUUGUAAUCAAAAUCUAACAUUAGUAAACUUUUUCUCAGCUUAGAAUGAUACAGAGAUUUCAAAUAGACAUUGGAAACUUUAAUCCUUUAAUACUUAGCUAGAAUCUAAAUUCUGAGGAAAACUCUGAAAAACUUACAAAUUUGGGGGCAAUUUUUAUUUUUUAAAUCAUAAUUUUAAAAUGAUAUAUACCUUUUUAUGAUAAGUAUCAGAUCAAUUCAGAAAACAAUUUUCCAUUAUUUUAGUUGAAAGAUAGUUGUAGGUGCAAUUGGUAUACUUUAAUUUUAGAGUAAACAUUGACUUCUGCAUUAUACUUUUAUAGAUAAUAGAAUCUAUUUAGUUCAGAAGUUAUUUAUAGUAAAUGAGACAAUGUAUGAAAAAGUGUUUUGUAAAUGCUGAGGAUUAUACAAAUGAUAGUUGUUAUUUUUCAUGUGUAUUUGUAAGAUCUUGCCCAUUCAUAAAUACAGAUAUUUCACAUAAAAAAGACUUUCUCAAGAUAACUUUGUAUUCUAGUAUUUUUGUCUAUUAUGAUAGUAUUAACUAUUUACUUUUAUUUUGUUAUACAUCUAUUUUUAAUAUCCAUGUGUUUAUUAUAGUAAAUUUGAAAUGAGAUCCUAAAAAAUUUGUUUAAACACAGACCUCAUAGCAAUAUUGUUUAAUUUCUUUCUCUACAUAAUUUAAAACUACAUAAUUAAGUAGUUGUAAUUUAUGUUGAAGGCCACCAAAAACUUAGCUUGAAUUUUAGAAAAUUUAAGUAAUUUUUAAAGUUACCCAAAUCUUUUUUUUUUUUUUU